CCUCCCCUAAUCACUCUCUAUUACUUGCAUUCCUUCAACUCCAGGACGCAGAUCCGAGGAGUUGGGAAACCCUAGCUCUUCAGCACAACACAAAACUCUCCACCUCUCUCUCUCUCUCCACACCGAUCAUCACCAAUCUCUCUCUCAUCAAUCGCAGUCAUGGCAGGUUUGGCACCCGAAGGAUCGCAAUUUGAUACUCGUCAAUAUGAUGCCAAAAUGACUGAGUUACUGUCAUCUGAUGGACAAGAUUUUUUCACAUCGUAUGAUGAGGUAUGUGAAAGCUUUGAUGCUAUGGGAUUGCAAGAGAACCUCCUUAGGGGCAUCUAUGCUUAUGGUUUUGAGAAGCCAUCCGCAAUCCAGCAAAGGGGAAUUGUUCCAUUCUGCAAGGGACUUGACGUUAUUCAGCAGGCCCAGUCUGGAACCGGAAAAACUGCUACUUUCUGCUCUGGAAUCCUGCAGCAACUUGAUUAUGGUUUAGUGCAAUGCCAGGCUUUGGUUUUGGCACCUACUCGAGAACUUGCACAGCAGAUUGAGAAGGUUAUGCGAGCACUUGGUGACUACCUUGGUGUGAAAGUUCAUGCUUGUGUUGGUGGGACCAGUGUUCGUGAGGAUCAACGUAUUCUUUCCAGUGGUGUUCAUGUUGUUGUUGGCACCCCUGGUCGCGUGUUUGACAUGUUGCGAAGGCAGUCACUUCGCCCUGAUUACAUUAAAAUGUUUGUGUUGGAUGAGGCUGAUGAAAUGCUUUCACGAGGUUUUAAAGAUCAGAUCUAUGACAUUUUCCAGCUGCUGCCAUCUAAAGUUCAAGUUGGGGUAUUCUCCGCCACAAUGCCACCUGAAGCUCUUGAGAUUACAAGAAAGUUCAUGAACAAGCCUGUGAGGAUCUUGGUAAAACGUGAUGAGCUCACCCUUGAGGGUAUUAAGCAGUUUUAUGUCAACGUUGACAAGGAAGAAUGGAAGCUUGAAACACUCUGUGAUCUCUAUGAAACACUGGCCAUUACCCAGAGUGUCAUUUUUGUUAACACCAGGCGAAAGGUUGACUGGCUUACUGACAAAAUGCGAAGCCGUGACCACACAGUCUCAGCCACUCAUGGAGACAUGGAUCAGAACACUCGGGACAUAAUUAUGCGUGAAUUUCGCUCUGGCUCAUCUCGUGUUCUCAUCACCACAGAUCUCUUGGCUCGUGGUAUUGAUGUGCAGCAAGUCUCCCUUGUCAUAAACUAUGACCUGCCAACUCAGCCAGAAAAUUAUCUCCACCGUAUUGGACGAAGUGGACGUUUUGGAAGAAAAGGCGUUGCUAUUAACUUUGUGACGAAGGAAGAUGAGAGAAUGCUAGCUGAUAUUCAGAGGUUCUAUAAUGUGCUUGUUGAAGAGCUGCCAUCCAAUGUUGCUGAUCUCCUCUAAUGAGGUUUUUCCUGGUUCAGUGAGGUAAGGGGUUUCUGGUCAAGCAAGUAAUAGUUAGUUUUUUUUUGGUGUCUAGUGUCUUAAUUCAAUGUUGCAAAACAUAUCUGACCAUCUGAUGAUAUGUGCCCUGACAUUAGCGCUUGGGUGGGUGAGUGUCAAGUUACCCAUUUGUGUCUGGUGGGCAUGUGAUUAUGCAAGUUUUGUUGCAGGUAGGGUUUUGUACCGUAUGUCCUUUUUCCUCUUUUUAUUUUUUACUUUUGUUUUGUUUUUUUUUUGUUUUUUUCUUUCAUGUUUUAUUUAAUUAUCAAGAAUAUUGUAGAUUUGAUCGGUUUCCUAAUGGCCAAGGUCUUUUAAUUUUAAGAA